CAGAUGGUGAUAACAUUCAUUUCUCCAGGUGUGUGUGUGUGUGUGUGUGUGUGUGUGUGUCCAAGCUUUAAGCCACAUUUCACCUGGGAGCUGAUCUCAGUAUCUAAAUCGACGCUGUCUGAGUCCCAGGUGAUGGACUCAUUUAUUCAGCAGCAGGGAGUUCACUCAUGUGUUGGUGACUCCUUACUGGAGCAUUUAUGUUUAUUGGACAUUGAUCAGGAGCCAAUCACAGCACGCAACACUGGCAUCAUCUGCACCAUUGGUCCAGCGUCUUGCUCUGUGUCGACGCUGCAGGCUAUGGUGAAGGCAGGAAUGAACAUCGCGCGCCUCAACUUCUCCCAUGGAACCCACCAGUAUCACAGAGAAUCUAUCAGGAACAUUCGUGAAGCAGUGGGGUCAUCGACUUCAGACCCUCUGACCUAUCGACCAGUGGCCAUUGCCUUGGAUACCAAAGGACCCGAAAUACGUACUGGUCUGGUACAUGGGCUUGCGGAUGGUGAGGUUAAUCUGGAACGUGGCUCUUUGGUGACACUGGUGACGGCUGAAGCUGAGCGUGAUGUGACGGAUGGUUCCCGAGUUUGGGUGGAUUAUCCCGAUCUGUCUCGUGUGGUAAAGACAGGAGGAACCAUCUACAUUGAUGACGGACUCAUUGCUCUCACAGUGCUGCACACUGGUGAUGGGUGGGUGGAGACUCGAGUGGAUAGUGGUGGCAUUCUGUGUAGCCGUAAAGGUGUGAACCUGCCAGGGGCAGAGUUAGUGAACUUACCUGCAGUGAGUGAACAGGACAGAGCCGACCUGCAGCUGGGAGUGGACGAGGGAGUGGACAUCGUCUUCGCUUCCUUCAUCCGCUGUGCUGAGGACGUGAGGGCCGUGAGGAGGGCUCUAGGACCCAGUGGAGCCAAAAUCAAGGUCAUCAGCAAGGUGGAAAACAGACAGGGUGUACAGAAUUUUGAUGAGAUUUUGAGUGAGAGUGAUGGAGUGAUGGUUGCUCGUGGUGAUUUAGGGAUCGAGAUUCCAGCAGAGAAAGUUUUCAUUGCACAGAAGAUGAUGAUUGGACGAUGCAACUCAGCAGGAAAACCAGUCAUCUGUGCCACUCAGAUGUUGGAGAGUAUGGUAUAUAACGCCCGGCCAACCCGUGCUGAGAGUAGUGACGUAGCCAAUGCUGUGUUGGAUGGAGCCGACUGUGUCAUGCUCUCUGCAGAGACGGCUAAAGGGCGUGACCCAGUGGAGGCAGUCUUCAUGAUGCACUCAAUCUGCAGGGAGGCUGAGGCGGCUCUGUUCCACCAGCGGGUGUUUGAGGAUCUGAGGCGUCUCACAGAUCUCAGUUCAGACCCCACAGAGGUGACGGCAAUCGGAGCAGUCGAGUCGAGUUUCAAAUGCAAUGCAGGGGCCAUCAUUGUCCUCACCACCUCUGGGAGGUCUGCGCACCUGUUGUCUCGGUACCGUCCCCGCUGCCCCAUCAUCGCUGUGACAAGGAACGCUCAGAUGGCCCGCCAAUCACAGCUGCUCCGGGGAAUAUUCCCUGCCAUCUUCCAAGUCCCGCCUGCAAAGGUCUGGGCUGAUGAUGUUGACAACAGGGUCAACUUUGGCCUGGAUAUAGGCAAAGCACAAGGAUUCUUUAAGCCAAGUGACUUGGUGAUCAUAGUGACUGGAUGGAGCCCUGGAUCUGGACACACAAACAUCAUGAGAGUAGUGACUGUGCCAUAAAUCCUCAACUUUGAUUGACUUUAAACUCUUAACUCUGAUUGGACACAAAUACUGACGUGUUAUUCAUUGAUAAUUAACUUAAUAAAAUGAAAUAUAAAUGAAA